UCCGCCCAGGCUCGCUUGGACAGUGAGAUUGUCGAUACUGCAGUUGUUGUGGUGCAGUAAUGUCAAAGAUUUGUAUAACUAAACAUUCUGUUGUAAUGUUAUCCCUUUGGUGACUACUGCGGAUGGCUGUGUGUGCCAGGCUCUGCGGAGUGGGUCAGUCUCGGAGGUGCAGGCGGCGUCAGCGGCAUAAUCAACAGGAUCAGGGAAGCGACUCCGAUAUGGACGAGGAGGAAGGGGAGCGGAUUGUGGGUGAGACACAAUCCGUCACCGGCGGCCCGGAAAACUCUGCUGCGGCAGGGCCGAGUGUGGCCCAUGAAGCCGCUGCUGAAGCCACUGCUGACAGUGCAAGCCCCGUACCACCGAACCCGCAGUCCCUGUUGGAUCUGCCCCCAGAGAUUUUAGUGGAAGUAUUCUCAUCUCUCCCGGGCACGGAGUUACCAAACCUGGCCCUCGUCUGCAAGAAAUUCAGGCAAAUUCUCAACACGGAAACCAUCUGGAGAAGGCGAUGCACGGAGGAGUUUGGAAUGAGGGAGGACCUGCGCAAGAUGGAGGUGGUGGGUGUGUCCAGUCGGGAGCUCUAUGCCAAACGUGUGAACCCUCGGGUGAAGUCUGGCCGCUUUAUGAAGCUCCUACCGGACUACGAGCACAUGGACUACAGGGACGUGUACAGGCACUUGCUGCACCCAUACAGACACAUCCUGGGUCUUUGGCAGCCUGACAUAGGCCCGUACGGAGGGCUGCUCAACGUGGUGGUUGACGGGCUUUUCAUCAUUGGCUGGAUGUACCUGCCCCCCCAUGACCCUCGGGUCGAGGAUCCCAUGAGGAGGCGGCCACUCUUCCGCAUCCACAUGUGGGAGAGCAACAAGGUGGCGGUAGAGUGCAUGUACGGACACAAGGGCCCUCACAAGGGGGACAUCCAAACUGGGAAGAAGGAUGAGUUCUCGACUAAGUGCAACCAGACAGAUCAUCACCGCAUGCCAGGGGGGAGGCAGGAGGAGUUCCGCACAUGGCUGGAGGAGGAGUGGGGGAGGACACUGGAGGACAUCUUCCAUGAGCAUAUGCAGGAGCUCAUUCUUAUGAAGUUCAUCUACACAAGCCAAUACGAUAAUUGCCUGACGUACCGGCGGAUCUACCUCCCCCCCCGGGUGCCCUCGGACCUGCUGCAGCCGGGCCUGUUUAAAGGCACCUAUGGCAGCCACGGCCUGGAGAUCGUCAUGCUCAGCUUUCAUGGGCCCUGCGCCAGGGCCACCAAGCUUACUGGGGACCCCAAUGUCCCAGCAGGCCAGCUAACGCUUGACGUGGACCUGAACCGGCCUGUGUGCCUGCCGGACCUGGUGCACCAGCGCAGCAUAGAAGAGCUGUCUCGCCUGGUGCUGGGGAUGCACGAGGAGGCGCAGCGGGAGGUGCAGAACCCAGACGUGGCCCCCCAGGGAGCUGCUUCAGAGGGGGCUGUGGCUGGUGGUGCUGGGGCAGCGGGGCUGGAGUCGGCUAUGGAAGCCCAGUCAGAGAGCCCCCAGCCUGGGCCCAGUAGCAGCAGCGCUUCCUCAGAGGCCCAGCCUUUCGUCCUGCCUCUGGGGGUCAUGACCCGCAAUGAGGUUUACCCCCGAACCUGCAAGAUGUGCUUUUACGGAACAGGCCUGAUUGCAGGUCACGGCUUCACAAGUCCGGAGCGCACACCGGGCCUGUUUGUCCUGUUCGACGAAGACCACUUCGGCUUCAUCUGGCUAGAGCUCAAGUCGUUUAGCCUUUACAGCCGCCUGACGGACCGGCUGGCCCACGCCUAUGCCCCCGACAUGGAGCGCUUUGAGGCCAUGCUGCGCAACAUGCAGUCCUGGACAUCCUGAUGGGCCAGACAGACACAGGCUUACCUAGACCCCGUACACACAUCCUGAGUGUUGACCGCACCUGGAAAACAUUUGGGAACCUAGUUGUAACCUAUAACUAAGGCCCGUUGUUUUUUCCUGAUCAGGUUAUGUGGUUAGGCAAAACUCUUGGUCUUAAUUAUCACUCAUGUAUGUAUAUCUUUCCCCUAUAAAACCCCGAAAUGCUUACACACAGAAAAGCCCCAUAUUUACUAUCCCUGUAGAAUCCCUCUCUACUGUACACAGCUUCACAAUCCCAAAUCACCUCCACACUGUCCCACACAUUUCUGGCCCUGGCCAGAAACAACCUUUUGCCCUACCCCCUAGGCACCUGAAGUAUCCUUGCUCCCUGUCCCAUGUUUCCCCUCUUUUCACCUCCACACGACAUCGGUAUCUCUGCUGCGAUAUACCCAAAGGUCAUAUGAUAUGACAAAGGCUUCCUUAACAGCUGAUUGUUAUUAGUUUUUUAUCCAGAGAAGAGGAUUUUACUUUUCAUCCUACAAACCCCAGAACAAACGCUCUGUGCCUCUAGUUGUAAUGUAUACACCAUGUCUGUAUUGCCUAAUGCUACAGUGCCUUGCAAAGUAUUCAUCCCCCUUGGCGUUUUUCCUAUUUUGUUGCAUUACAACCUUUAAUUUAAAAUGAUUUUUAUUUUGAUGUCAUAAUUGACAUGCAGAAAAUGGUCCAAAUUGGUGAAGUGAAAUGAAAAGUGGUGCGUGCAUAUGUAUUCAUCCACUUUGCUAUGAAUCCCAUAAAUAAGAUCUGGUGCAACCAAUUACCUUCAGAAGUCACAUAAUUAGUUAAAAUAAAGUCCACCUGUGUGCAAUCUAAGUGUCACAUGAUCUGUCACAUGAUCUCUGUAUAUAUACACCUGUUUUGAAAGGCCCCAGAGUCUGCAACGCCACUAAGCAAGGGGCACCACCAAGCAAGCGGCACCAUCAAGACCAAGGAGCUGUCCAAGCAGGUCAGGGACAAAGUUGUGGAGAAGUACAGAUCAGGGUUGGGUUAUAAAAAAAUAUCUGAAACUUUGAACAUUCCACGGAGCACCAUCUCGCCAACAGCCAAUGAAAUUGCAGGGCGUCAAAUACAAAUCAACAGAAAUCUCAUAAAUCAAAUGUCUCAAACAUAUAAGUAUUAGGCACCAUUUUAAAGAUACAAUUCUCGUUAAUCCAGCCAUAGUGUCUGAUUUCAAAAAUGUUUUACAGCGAAAGCUCCACAAACGAUUGUUAGGUCACCACCAACUCACAGAAAAACCCAGCCAUUUUUCCAGCCAAAGAGAGGAGUCACAAAAAGCACAAAUAGAGAUAAAAAUUAAUCACUAAGCUUUGAUGAUCUUCAUCAGAUGACACAAUACAUGUAUGUUUUGUUUGGUAAAGUUCAUAUUUAUAUCCAAAAAUCUUACUUUACAUUGGCAUGUUACGUUCAGUAGUUCCAAAACAUGCAGUGAUUUUGCAGAGAGCCACAUGAAUUCACAGAAAAACUCGUAAUAAAUGUUGAUGAAAAACUUUAGAUACACUUCUCCUUAAUGCAACCGCUGUGUCAGAUUUCUAAAAAAACUUGACGGAAAAAGCAUAAUCUGAGAACGGCGCUCAGAGCCCAAACCAGCCAGAGAAAUAUCCUCCAUGUUGGGUAGUCAACAUUUAUUCAUAAAUAGCAUUAUAAAUAUUCACUUACCUGUGAUGAUCUUCAUCAGAAUGCACUCCCAGGAAUUGCAGUUCCACAAUAAAUGCUUGUUUUGUUCGAUAAUGUCCAUCAUUUAUGCCCAUUUAUGUCCAAUAGCUUCUUUUGUUAGGGCGUUUGGUAAACAAAUCCAAAAGCGCGAUCCGGUCCAUUCAGACGAAACGUUCAAAAAGUUAUAUUACAGGUCGAAGAAACUUGUCAAACUAAGUAUAGAAUCAAUCUUUAGGAUGUUUUUAUCAUUAAAGUUAAAUAAUGUUCCAACCGGAGAAUUCCAUUGUCUGUAUAAAAGCAAUUGAACGAGAGCUACCUCUCAAGUGAAAGUGUAGUCGAGGCUGUAGUCAGACCCCUUAGUCAAACAGCUCCCAUCUGGCACCCCUUCACAUGAGAAGCCUGAAACAACGUUCUAAAGACUGUUGACAUCUAGUGGAAGCCCUGGGAAGUGCAAAAUAACCCAUAUCCCACUGUGUAUUCGAUAGGGGUGAGUUCAAAAACUACAAAACUCAGAUUUCCCACAUCCUGUUUGGAUUUCUCAGUCUGUUAUACUCACAGACAUCAUUCAAACAGUUUUGUUCAGAGAAACUUCAGAGUGUUUUCUAUCCAAUACGAAUAAUAAUAUGCAUAUAUUAACAUCUGGGACUGAGUAGGAGGCAGUUCACUCUGGGCACGCUAUUCAUCCAAAAGUGAAAAUGCUGCCCCCUAUCCCAAACAAGUUUUAAAUCCAUUAUUAAAAAAUGGAAAGAAUAUGGCAACUCAACAAACCUGACAAGAGGGCGGCCCACAAACUCAUGGACCAAGCAAGGAGGGCAUUAAUCAGAGAGGCAACUAAGAGACCAAAGAUAACCCAGAAGGAGCUGCAACGCUCCACAGGGAGAUUGGAUUAUCUGUCCAUAGGACCACUUUAAGCCAUACACUCCAUAGAGCUGGGCUUUAUGGAAGAGUUGCCAUAAAAAAGCCAUUGCUUAAAGAAAAAAAUAACAAACAUGUUUGGUGUUCGCAAAAAGGCAUGUGGGAGACUCCCCAAACAUAUGGAAGAAGGUACUCUGGUCAGAUGACACUCAAAUGUAGCUUUUUGGCCAUCAAGGGAAAAACGCUAUGUCUGGCACAAACCCAACACCUUUCAUCACCCCGAGAACACCAUCCCCACAGUGAAGCAUGGUGGUGGCAGCAUCAUGCUGUGGGGAUGUUUUUCAUUGGCAGGGACUGAGAAACUGCUCAGAAUUGAAGGAAUGAUGGAUGGUGCUAAAUACAGGGAAAUUGUUGAGGGAAACCUGUUUGUCUUCUAGAGAUUUGAGACCGGGACUGAGGUUCACCUUCCAGCAGGACAAUGACCCCAAGCAUACUGCUAAAGCAACACUCAAGUGGUUUAAGGGGAAACAUUUAAAUGUCUUGGAAUGGCCUAGUCCCAGACCUCAAUCCAAUUGUGAAUCUGUGGUGUGACUUAAAGAUUGCUGUACACCAGCAAAACCCAUCCAAGUUGAAGGAGCUGGAGCAGUUUUCCUUGAAGAAUGGGCAAAAAUCCCAGUGGCUAGAUGUGCCAAGUUUAUAGAGACAUACCUCAAGAGACUUGCAGCUGUAAUUGCUGCAAAAGGUGGCUCUACAAAGUAUUGACUUUGGGGGGGAUGAAUAGUUAUGCACGCUCAAGUUCUGUUUGUCUUAUUUGUUUCACAAUAAAAACAUAUUUUGCAUCUUCAAAGUGGUAGGCAUGUUGUGUAAAUCAAAUUAUAUAAACCCCCCCCAAAAAAUCCAUUUUAAAUCCAGGUUUUAAGGCAACAAAAUAGGGUAAAUGUGGGUAAAUACUUUUGCAAGUCAUUGUAUGAGAAGUGAGUGGAAUUUCUACUAAAACUUAUUCUUUAAUGAUUUUGUUUGGAUGCAUGCUGUAUUUUCAGUUUAAUGCCACCUGUUUCCAAUACUCUUAUUCACAAUCUGAGACACUUGGUUUGCUAUAUAUUAGUGUGUACAUUGCUCUUAGUUUGGUUCACAGGUGGCAUUAUGGUGUUAGAAAAGAUCUCUGGUGCUUUUACUCUUUUCGUCACAUGGUCAAGGAAAAUAUAAUGUAUUACAAUAUUACGCAAUUGGGCAUUUGCAUAUCAGAAAUUGCUACUUUUUAUUUUCAAAAUACUUCUGAUGGAUAGUAUGUAGUAAAAUGCAAAUAUUUAAUGACUGGAUGUUUCAACAUAUUAGUAUUUUCUACAUGUUGGCAAAAAGCUUACGCUGUACUGUAGCUGUAUCAGCCAUUUGUAUUUAGACUGAUAGCAUAUUGCCCUAUUGGAUGCUUUUAACAGGAUGUUAUAAAGGUAUUGCAACACCCGUUAGGAUAAUGGCUGUUUGUACAACACAAAAUGCUAUUCAAGGUUCUCAUCUUUAUUCCCAUUUGGACCCCAGGAAGAGUAGCUGCUGCUGCCUUAGUAGCAGUGAAUGGGGACCCUACUGAAUACUAAAUCAAACUGUACAUUUACAUUGCGAAAAGUGUACGACUGUUCUUGGCAGUACAGUGGAUGGUUUUGUCCCAACUCCUCUAUGGAUUCCUUUCCUUGAUCCCUUUCCUUCAUGACCGGGACCGGAAGGGUUUUCCACCAUGUGGCUUUCCCCCCCAUCUUCUCCUGACGACAGGUCAGUGAUCAUGGAGGGCAGGACAUAAGGAAAGGAAGCUAAGUUGAUAGUAUUGAGACAGUCACUAACUCCGAGGCUCCAUUCAAAGCAGUUCUUUUGUAUCAGACUGCAGCUUUACUAACGUUUGGGGAAAAAUAAGCUCUAGCGAGAGUAAAGAAGUAAUAUAUAUAUUAAUGAAUGGAACCUAUUUAAUAAGCUUGUUUUAAAUAUUUUUGGGGACAGCUGUAGAAAUAUUUGCAUCAUUACUUGGUUGAUUUGAGUUUUGUAAGUAGCGCUUCUGUGGUCAGCUGUUUAAAUGAAGCACCUUUGUAAAUUGAGUCUUGCGCUUUGUAAAUCGUCAAUCCCAGAGGCACAACCCUGCUUGAAACUGUUAGACCUGUUGAACUGCUCACUCUGACUUCAGUUCUGCAGUUGAAGUGUCCUUUCCCUUAACAAUAAUAAAAAAGAAUAACUCA